AUGGCGAAGUAUCCAACAUACUGCUUGAUAAGCUGCCUUCCAUCCAUGGAGAUGAUAAGCGUGGGUUUUGCCCUAGCCUCGGCGCUGUUGGAAAUAAGCCACGGCAUCGUGGCGGGUGUGUCCAGUGUGCGUGCGUGUGUUCUGGUUCAGGUCCGAUGCUGUGCGCGUGGUGGCGCGCCGUGCGCGCGGCCUGGCGAGCGGAUCGUGCAGCGCGUGGGUGAGUGGAGCGCGGCGUACGUGCGCGUCCGUACUCGCUGUAUAAAGCCCCUGUGUACUGCUUGCAAGCUGAGCCAGCUGAAACGAUUAAGAGAAAGAAUAGGCGUCUGUGCGCCGUGGCCGUACGUGCGGCCGGAAAACCUUGUGUCUUCUUCUACCUCAAGUCCGAGAGAGAGAGAGAGCACCGGCGUUUGUCGCCGGAGGGGCUGGUUCGGCGUGUGUCGCCGAGGCCAGCCCCAUCAUGCGCUCGUCCUCUGGUUCAUCGCGCCCAUAAUCGUAGCCACUACCCGACUGAAAAGCAAGCAGCUGCCUCCCGGUCCACGGAGCCUCCCGAUAGUCGGCAGCCUCCUCCGCGUCAUGGGCACUUUCCCGCACCGGAGGCUCAUGGACCUCUCCCGCCGGCACGGCCCGCUCAUGUUCCUCAUGCUGGGCGAGGUCCCCGCCGUGGUGGUCUCCAGCGCCGAGGGCGCGGAGGCGGUCAUGCGGACCAACGACCUCGCCUUCGCCACCCGCCCGCGAAGCACCACGCUCGACAUCGUCUCGCGCGGCCGCAACGGCGUCAUCUUCACCCCCUACGGCGACCACUGGCGCCAGAUGCGCAAGAUCUGCGUCGUCGAGCUCUUCAGCGCCAGGCAGGUCAGGCGCAUGGAGUCCGUCUGGGCCCACGAGGUGGCCCGCCUAGUACGGUCCUUCGCCGGCUCCGGUGGCGGCGUCGUCAACUUCAGCGAGACCAUGUACGCGUUCAUGAACGAUCUCAUCGGCCGGGCGGUGUUUGGCGGCACGUGCGCGCAGGCGCAGCAGGCUGAGUACCUCCGGGAGUUCUCCAGGGCCAUCGAGCUCGCGGGAGGCUUCCUCUUAGUCGACCUGUUCCCCUCGUCCAGACUUCUCCGGCGGUUCACCACCGGCGUGCGCCAGCUCACCUGGAGCUUCGGCCGCAUCCAGCACAUCAUUGGUGAGAUCAUCACCGCACGGAGGGCGUUGCGCGCCCACGACCGUGCAGCCGCCGGCGACCAGGACCUGCUGGACGUGUUGCUCAACCUGCAGGAGGAGGGCUCCUUGCCAAUCCCUCUUACCGCUGAGAUCAUAGGCGUGGUCAUCUCUGACAUAUUUGGCGCGGGUAGCGGGACAUCAGCAUCUGCUAUGGAGUGGGCUAUGGCGGAACUCUUGAAAAACCCUAAAAUUAUGGCCAAAGCACAGCUUGAGGUUCGACAAGUGCUAGGUCCGAACCGAGAUAUCAUCACCAACAAUGACAUUGGCCAACUUUACUACAUGAGAUUGGUCAUCAAGGAGAUCCUUAGGUUGCAUACUAUCACCCCUUUGCAUGGUCCUCGAGAGGCCAGAGAGGACUGUGAGAUCAUGGGUUAUGUCAUUCCUAAAGGCACCAAAAUUAUCGUCAACACAUUCGCGAUUUCACGAGAUCCCAAGUACUGGGACAACCCAGAAGCGUUUAACCCCGAUAGGUUUGAGGACAACCAACUCGACUACAAAGGCGCAAACUUUGAGUACACCCCCUUUGGUGCUGGGCGCCGCCAAUGCCCUGGGAUCUUAUUUGGUAUGUCGACUAUGGAGGUUACAUUGGCAAAUCUUCUCUAUCACUUCGACUGGGUACUUCCUGAUGGAAUAACCCCAAAAUCAAUGGACAUGACUGAGAAGUUUGGGCUCACCAUGGGUAAAAUGUCCGACCUGCAGCUAAGAGCUAUUCCAUACGCGUUUUCAAAGGAAGCAUAA